GUGCUACGAACCCCGCAGCUUUAGGUGCAUGGUUCCAUGUCAGAGCUCCCUACUGAAUUUUGCAACCUCCUAGAGCUCUAUGCAUUUUGCGUUGAAGCUCUUAUUAUACUCGGGCCUGUCGACAAACGAGAACGAGCGCGGCCACUGUGAGGGCGCGUGAAAUCACCUUACCUCACCGCGAUGCGAUUGACAAUCUAGUCCCCGUCAAACAGCAAUCAUGUCAAGCAUCUACAAUCUCGAACCACAGCCGACGGCAUCUGCGAUCAUCCAUACGACCCAGGGCGAGAUUUCUGUCGAGCUUUUCGCAAAGCAAACGCCCCUUACAUGCCGCAAUUUCCUGCAGCUCUGCCUUGAUGGCUACUAUGACAACACCAUCUUCCAUCGCCUUGUCCCAGGCUUCAUCCUUCAGGGCGGAGAUCCGACCGGGACUGGCAAUGGCGGCGAGUCGAUCUACGAUGGCGGUGCCUUCAGCGGGGAUCUGGAUCCAUGGCCAAUGGACCAGAGAACCGGCAAGAAUGCGGGGCCCACGGGGAUCAACUUCAAAGACGAGUUUCAUUCGAGGUUGAAGUUCAACCGCAGGGGCUUAUUGGGGAUGGCGAACGAGGGAGCUCAAAAUACGAAUGGGAGCCAAUUCUUCUUCACGCUCGGCAAGACCGAAGAGCUAACCGGCAAGAAUACCUUGUUCGGCAGAGUGGCUGGUAAUACCAUUUACAACUUGAUGAAGAUGGGAGAAACCGACGUCGAGGAGGAAGGCGAACGGCCCGUAUAUCCUACCAAGAUCACCAGCGUGGAGAUUGUCGUCAAUCCUUUUGAUGAUAUGAAGAAGAGAGAAAGGGUGGCGCGUACAAGCGUCCAGAAAGCACCCGCGGCGGCGAAGAAGCAGAAGAAGAGAAAGGGUGGGAAGCAGCUGCUAAGCUUUGAGGAUGAGGAGGGUGACGCUGACGCCCUACCCGUGGCUAAGAAGGCCAAAUUCGACACACGGAUCGUAAUGGACGCUGAGGACGAACAACUCGAGUCGUCGAGGAGCAAGGCAGUGAAGAAGACAUUGCCGAAGGCUGCGAAGGUUGAGGAAAGAGCAGUUCCGAUGAGGGCAAAACCAGAAAAGGAGGCACGACGUAGGUCGAGUAGGUCGAGUAGUGCGAGUAGUGCGAGUCCUACUCAACCAGAGCCUCCCAGACGAGAACAUCCGAGACCAGAAGCGACGUCGGACGAGGAGUCGGAAGCGGAGCCGGAGCACCCCAAGAAGAAGUCUCUCCUUGAACAGACCAAUGCCGAGAUUGCAGCCCUGAAAGCCUCUAUGAAGCGGAACAUCCAGAUGGAGCCGGUAAAGGAGAAGAAAAAGUCUGCACUGGAGCAGCUAAUACCGGAAACCUCGAUACGAGGAAGAAAACGACGGCCAGGAGGGGCCACCGCAUCAAAAGAUGCCCUCAAGUCGUUGGAGAUGCUCAAGGCGUUCCAGGCGAAGCUUCAACAGGCACCGUCAGAAAAGGCCCAAGGAGAACCAGAGCCCUCGGCCCCCUCGGCUCAAGGUGUGGAAGACAGCAGUGCCAAGGAUGGGGUGGAUGAAGGAGAGGUUUGUGACCUCCACUUCAUUGCCAACUGCCAGAGUUGCAAAUCAUGGGACAAGAUUGAAGCCAAGGAAGAAAGCGAUGACGAAGGCUGGAUGUCUCAUUCAUUGAGCUUCGCCGCGGAUAAGCUGGGCAAAGACCUCAGUUACAGGAAGAAGGCAGAAGAGGAGCUGGUAGUCAUCGAUCCUCUGGAGAAAGCUCGCACGCUGAAAGAAGAGAAGCGGGCAACGAGGGAGGCUCGGUCAGGGGGCUCUGGCAGAGCAUGGGACCAGGCUCGGAAUGCACAGUUGGCAAAAGCUUCUGCCUUGGCUGGGAGAGGUGCCAAGUAGAUACUGCAUAGUACCUAGGGUAGAUCUCUUGCACAGGUGG